ACAGUUGCUACUUUACUUUGAACUUCUAUUAAGACUCAAUCUCGUCACAUCAAAUAUGCAAACAACAAUUGGACAGAUUCUAAGUUCCAAGAGCUGUUAAUUUAUGUCAUUUCGAGAUCUUACUCACUAGAUUUUCCUCGCAAAACGUUCUUGCCGAAGCCUCUCUCAGAGGAUUUGAACAACCAUGGAGGAGAUCGCAUGGGGAGCUGAUCCGUUGACGGGAAGCAGAGAUCAGGGUGAAUAGUGUGGUGUCAUUAGAGGAGUAUGCUUUGAGGUGCAAGACGUCAAGGAAAGGCAGGUUUGAGGUUCGAUUUUGUUACAGGAUGUUGAGAGGACGGAGGAAGGCAGCUUCCGGUGGUAAUAAGACAUCUCCCAAGUAUCAGGUGUUAUUCUUAAUUUCCAAGCAGAAGCUGUACCAAAUAUUUAGUUCGUGAGUACGGUAACGGUAGAAGGGAAUUGCCACAAAUUUUUUUUGCAAGUAUCCAUCUUGUCAGGAAGUUUGAGAAAAUGUCUAAUGAACAAAGAAAGGUCUCACAUCGAGAUAUACAACUGGUGCAAAAUCUUAUAGAACGAUGUCUCCAACUUUAUAUGAGCCAGAAAGAAGUUGUGGAUACUCUUUCAAUUGAGGCAAAAAUAAAGCCUGAAUUAACAGAGGCUGUUUGGCAAAGACUAGAAGUAGAAAAUCUGGAAUUUUUCAAGGCAUAUCAUCUGAGAUUGAUAGUGAAAGAACAAAUAGUGGAAUACAACAAGUUACUUGCGAGACAGGUUGAGCUGAUGGAUCAGAUAUGUCCGACUGGAGCUGCUUCCUUAUCUAUGUCAAAUGGAACUCAUUUUCCAAUGCACCAGAACUCAACGUGCUACGUCCCAGAACCAACUGGACAUGUUUUGAAGCUAGAGAACAUGCACCACCCAAUUGGUACUAGUUUGCCUAAUGCAUUCACAAAUGGCGGAUCAUCACUGAAUUUGUGCAUGCAACCUGCUGUUGAUAUGUCUGCUCAUGCAAGAAGGAUUGAUGUUUCACGAAACAUGUUGGCUCAGAGCUCAAAUGUAGGAACGAUACAAGAAAUGAAUGGUGGAUUGAUUAAAUCAGAAUCUGGCUAUGCGGGGAAUUCCCCGUUCAUGUCUGAUGAUGAUGGCAAUGUCCUGGAAACAUGUCCUGCAAUUGCAAAUGCACCUGUGUCAUCUUUCGGUAGUGUACAGUCCAAUUCACAACACUUAAACGGAACACUCCUGGAUGCUGACACUUCAUUUGGAUUUUUUGGACCAAUUCAUCCAAACUUUGGUCCCUCAGACUUUACAGAAUUUUCCAAUAGUUCCGAUAUGUUGGAGAGUUACUCUAGGUCGGCCUACCUAGCAACAGAUACAGACAAUUUCAUUAAUCUCCAUGGCAGGGGAGAGCACCAAGGUGAGGUUUUUGGCAUUCGCCAUUGUUUCUCAAAUGAGAGAGGCUAACUGGUAUUUGUGUCCUGGCCUGUUAGGAGAAAAUAAGAGGUCCAACAGCACCCCAUUAGGACAAGUCUUUGUAAAUAGCUUCUUUGAAAUGCAGAGUAGAAUUUUGAACUCCUUCAAGAUACUGAUUGGUGUGUGCCAAGGUAAUAAUAUAGUCAGAAUGGAUGACACAAAGUAUGCAGUCGGAAACAGUUGACAAGAAUAGUUUCAUCGACACAGUGGGUAAAAAUGGACAUCAUGAUCUUACUCCUAUAUUAGGGUUUGUCUUAGAAAUUUGAUAAUGAUAGUGUGUUAUAUAUGGUGGUGGUUUUGUCAAAUAAGUAUUGUGGUGCUGUUUAAAUUGUGUUUUUGUUAAAUAGAGGUUGUAAUUAUCAAAAGAAAUAUUUGGAAAUGUUCUCUCGUUUGUGUCGUCGAUGAUAUAUUGGAUUUUACAUCUUGGAACUCAAAUUUUAUAUUCAAGUGUUAGCACAUGAACCUUGUUUGGUCCUAA